UUGUUGCCGUGUUUUUCACGUUUUCUUCUUAUCUUUUAAAGUACGGAAAUCAUCCAUUGUCGGCUGGAUCGUGAAGCAGAGAAAUGGGGAAGACCUUCAAAGAUGAAUUUUCAUAUGAUGAAAGAGUCGCAGAAUCACAGGAUAUAAUCGCCAAAUAUCCCGAUCGAGUGCCGGUGGUGGCUGAAAGAUAUUCCAAAACUGACCUCCCUGAGAUGGAAAAGAAGGAAUACCUGGUACCCCGUGAUAUGUCCGUUGGCCAACUUAUCCACAUUCUGAGUGGCAGGCUCCAUCUGGCUCCUGGGAAAGCUCUCUUCGUGUUUGUGAAUAACUCCUUGCCUCAAACAACAAGCUUGAUUGAGACCGUGUAUGAUUCUUCCAAGGAUAAAGAUGGGUUCCUCUACAUGUGCUACAGCAGUCAGAAAACCUUUGGUCCCUCUUAGAAAGUUGACAUUGUGAACUGAAAUAUGUAUCUGGUUUCUGUUUUGCAUGUCUGGCAUGCACGGUUGUUCAUCCCGUAAAUUCUUGCACUGGGAUAUGUCUAUAUUGUCAACUGAAUACAUGAUGGAAAUUCAAAUGUUAAAUCUAUCGGGUUUCAGACUUGACGUUC